GGGGUAUAAGAAGGUAGACCUCCAGUUGGGAAAUCAGUUAGCUCUUGCAGUUCAAUCAGAUUUGUGAUCGAGAAACAAGUUGAAGAUGUUCCGUGCUGUUGUGUUGUUAGCUUCCCUGGCUCUGUGCCAUGGCCAUGCAGUGCCCGUCGUGGCUCACCACGCUGCAGUGGUGGCACCAGUAGUAGCGCCUGUAGUGGCUGGCUAUGCCGGUCAUGGUUACGGUGGACAUGGAUUUGGAGGAUACGGCUACGGUGGACUGGGAUACGGAGGCCUUGGUCAUGCUGGACUUGGUCACGCAGGACUUGGUCACGCUGGACUUGGUCACGCUGGAUUUGGGCAUGCUGGACUUGGACACGCUGGUCUUGGCUUUGGCGGUCUUGGUCACGGAGGACUUGGCCAUCACAUUCACAAGCGGUCUCCUCAUCUCGUCGCUCCUGUAGCUCAUGUAGGACACGUGGCUCACGUUGCUCCCGUAGCACAUGUAGCCCCCGUGGCUCACGUGGCACCCGUGGCGGUGUCUCAUCAGUCUCGACUGGACGUGCACUCUUCACCAGCUGUUGUUGCUACUUCAGUAGUGCAGCCCGUCGUAGCCCCCGUGGUGGCUGCUGCUCCACUGCACUUCGGUGGUGGAUUCAGCGGUGGUCUAGGAGCUGGCCUCUAUGGACACGGACAUGGUUAUGGCCAUGGUUUCGGCCACGGCUAUGGCCACGGUUUUGGCCACUACUAGUCACGAUCUUACUUGAUGUCAAUAAUUUGUAUCAUAAACGAAUGAAUGGAUUGUAGUGUAUUAUAGUUUACUAAUAAAGAUGUGAUAAUUA